AUGUCUUUGUAAUAAAAACAAAAUUUAUUAGUCAAAGAAAUAAUUGAAAAAGGUUACAACAUAGAUGCCUUUUAAAAAUCUAUUGAUCAACGACAUGAUCUUGAAUCAUGGGAUCAUGAUCAACUUAUAGAAUUUGUUAAAUAAUUUCAAGAUUAAUAAAAUGACUAUUUUACUAUUUUAAAAUGCAAUAAGACUAUUCCAAAUGCACUAUCUUAAAUAUAAGAUGUUUAAGCUAUUGUUGUUGGAUAUGAAAAAGUAUAAAAAGGUAUUUUUCAAAAUACUAUUAUUUAUUUUUAAAUUGAAACUAAACCUACUAAUUGGGUGGUAAGAAGAACUUAUGAUGAAUUUAUUCAACUCAAAAAUAUUUUGAAUAAGUAUUAUACAGUACCAAAUAUUCCAAAUUAAAGAAAAUCUCCAAUUGAUUUUACAUUUAUUAAAUAACUAAGACAUUUACAAAUGUUUCUCAAUUUUAUACUUGGAGAUUUUGAAAUAAGAAAUUUAAAUAUUAUACAAGAAUUUCUAUAGUCAGAAUAAUUUUCAUUUAAUCAAUAAUUUAAUUAUUGCAACAUGAAAGGUGAAAUUAACGUUAGAAUAAAUUCAUCCAUAACUAAUUUUAUCAAAUAAUCUGAUUACUUUUUAACUAAUAUAACACCUAUUUAAAAAAAAGCAUAUAAAUUAAUAAAAUAGUUAAUGAAAUAAAUGUAAUAAAAAAAUUAAACAUUAAUUUAAUUAACAGAAGUAUAUAAAGAAUUAUUUAGAGAAUCAAAGGCUUAAAAUACUAGACUAAAAGAUUGUUAUAAAAAUUUAUAAGAUUUAUUUGAGUCUUCAUAAAAGUUAGAAUCAAAUUAGAUAAAGAUUUUGAAUGAAACAAUUUAUCCACAAUAAAGGUUUUAAUAUCAUUAAACUUAACCUCUUAGAGAGUUGUUAAAUUUAAGAGAGAAAUCUUUAAUAUCUUAUUAAGAGUUUUCUUAAAAAUUAAAAUAAAAGAAAGAGAAACUUUAUCAGAUGGGAGAAGUAGUAAAAUGGGAUUUAGAUGAAAGUUUUUUAGAUAGUUUCAAAUUAGAGUAAAUAAAAUCCACUCCUUAAAUUGCAUUUUAAUGCAUGUGCAAAACUGUAUUUUAUUUAAUUGAAGUAUUUUAAGGAGAAUGCAUAGUAAUUAUAAUUAAAGAAUCAGUUUGGAGUUUUGAACUAAAGAGCAUAUUAAACAAUUGAUGAGAUUAUAAAUUACUCUUCUUUAUAAAUUAAGGAAUAUUUAGAUAAGAUGAUGAAAUCGAUGUGUUUAUAAUUCUAGCAAUAUUAAACAGUUUGGGUUGAAAUAUAAAAUAAUCUUAUGUAAAUGUGA